GUGAAUUUCGGGGGCGAUUCGUUUGCGCGGCUGACAAGGCGGGGGGAAAUUCAGGGUUAAUUCUACUGAGUUCCCAGCUGGGGAGAGAGCAGCAGGAAGUGGGGGACACAAUAACCUAGGGACCUUCCUGUGCCAGCCCCCCUGGGCUCGCCUCGGAGUCACUGCCUGCAGCGUGUGUGGACAGGGGCUGAAUCCCCGUCUGCAGCCCCAGGGUCCCGGAGGGAAUCGCCCUGGCCGGAGCGAUUUGCACCGGCUGUCCAGUCCGCAUGAAGAGGGGAGUGAUGGAGGGCAGGAUCUCCUGCCCUGGCUCCUUAUGCCCAGCUUCCAGGUGGCGGUGACAUUCAAGAAGGUGGCCGUGUGCUUCCGCAAGGAAGAGUGGGGUGACCUGGACGAAGGGCAGAGGCAGCUCUACGGGGCAACUUCCACGAGCAUUAUGAGACUCUGACUUCUCUGGCAGGAUUCCCUGUCCCUGACCUGACCAUGACCUCCUGGAUGGAGGGAGGGGAAGAUCCGAGGGUCCCGGAUCUCCAGGGCACCGAGGAAAAGGAGAUCCCAAGAGGUGCCCGCACAGCAGGUGCCGGGACGGUGAGUGAAAACGAAGAGGAGAAUCACCAGCAGGAAGGGCCUAUGGGAGCGAAGCCACACAGGACAUCCCAGAGCCUCAAGCAGGGAGAGGCCGUUGAGAGCCAGGGUGGGGCGGGGCUGGGACAGGGGAAGGCCCAGGCUAAAUCUGCACCCCAGGCACGGCACAGGCGGGUGGGCCGUGUCAUCUGUGGCGACUGCGGGAAGACCUUUGUGAAGAACUAUGAUCUCUUCAAGCACCAGCGGGUCCACACAGGAGAGAAACCCUACAGCUGCCCUGAAUGCGGGAGGAGCUUUGCCUUCCACUCCACCCUCAGCAAACACCAGCACAUCCACACCGGCGCCAGGCCCUUCCAGUGCACUGAGUGUGGGAAGAGUUUCCGGCAGAAAGGCCACCUGACCCGCCAUGGCCGCAUCCAUGCCGGGUUAAAGCCCUACAUCUGUGCUCACUGCGGGGCAGCCUACAGCAGCCGCACCAACUUGCUGCGCCACCAGAGCGGCCACACGGGGGAGCUGCCCUACAAGUGCACAGAGUGCGGCCGGCGCUUCGGGGAGAUCGCCGCCCUUGUGGCACAUCUGGUGGCGCACUCCGGGGAGCGGGCCCACAAGUGCCCCGAGUGCGGGAAGAGCUUCCGACGCGGCUCGUCGCUGACGGAGCACCGGCGGGUGCACACUGGGGAGAAGCCCCACGUCUGCCCCCAGUGCGGGGAGAGCUUCAUGCGCCGCGCCACCUUCAACGACCACGUGCGCGGCCACUCGGGGGAGCGGCCGAACGUCUGCGACGUCUGCGGAAAGAGCUUCACCAAGCGGCACUCGCUGCUGCAGCACCAGCGGUCCCACACCGGAGAGAAGCCUCACCAGUGCCCUGACUGCCCCAAGAGCUUCAUCGCCAGCUCCGCUCUGGUGCAGCACCGCCGGAUCCACACCGGUGAGACGCCCUACCGCUGCGAGGAGUGUGGGCGCAGCUUCAGCCAGCGCUCGGUGCUGACCACGCACCGGCGACUGCACACCGGCGAGCGGCCCUACAAGUGCGGCCAGUGCGGCAAAGGCUUCAGCCAGAGCUCGGCGCUGACCCAGCACCGCCGCACUCACACGGGGGAGUCGCCUUAUGGCUGUGCCCAGUGUGGGCGGAACUUCAGUGGCAUGUCAGCCCUCAAGCGGCACCACCGGACCCACACCGGUGAACGGCCCUUCCGCUGCGGCCAGUGCGGAAAGGGCUUCAAGCAGAGCUCCACGCUGGUCCAGCACACCAGGAUCCACACGCAGGAGAGGCCCUUCUCCUGCACCCAUUGUGGCAAGAACUUCAGCCAGCGGUCAGCUCUCGCCAAGCACCAGCGGACUCAUGCCAAGGAGAGCGACGGCUCCCACGAGGCCGUGGGGACGCGGUUCUACAAAGACCCCUUCGUUCAGCCGGGGGAGGGCAGCACCGAGCCUGAGGAGGUGGUGGUGGUGCUCCCGCCAGGGACGUGGGAUUGUGAGAUGCCCCCCGGGGUGAAGGAGGAGCCGGGGACACCCCUGCAGAUGAAGGAGGAACUGGAGCUGCCUCAGCAUAUUCAUGGUGGGCCCUAUCGGGUUAAACAGGAGCAGCCGGAGCUGCCACAGGAAAUUAAAGAGGAGCCAGCGCCCCCCCUGCAGAUUAAAGUGGAGCCUGAAGAUGCAUGCUCCCCUGUUCUCCCCCGUUCUCUCGUCCUCCCAGGCUCCCCUGUUCUCUUGUCCUCCCAGGCUCUGCUUGAAUCCUGCUUGCAGUUCGGUCAAGCUGGGCAGGAAGUGGUCUCAGACAAGAUGGAUUCCCCGAGCCUCCAGCUGGUGCGACUGAAGGGUGUAUCCCAGGAGGAACUUCCAGGGCUGUGGAGCGUGCCGUCCCAGGAGCCCCAGGAGCGGCGGGAAAGGGAUCACCUUCCACCCCAGAUAUUCAAGGAGACCGACGACGGGCAGGAGUCUGUGUCAUUGACCCCCAUGGUCGCCUUCCAGGCGCUGGUGGGGUUCGAGGAGGUGGCCGUGUAUUUCUCCUGGGAGGAGUGGGGGCUCCUGGAUGAAGGGCAGAGGCAGCUCUACAGGGACGUCAUGCAGGAGAAUUACCAGACUCUGAUCUCGCUGGCAGGAGUCCCUGUCCCUGACCCAGCCGCAAUCUCCUGGAUGGAGCAAGGGGAAGAACCGAGGGUCCUGGAUCUCCAGGGCUGUGAGGAAAGGGAGAUCAUGAGAGGCGCCGGCGCAGGUGCCGGGAGGGAAAAACCCCGACAGGAAGGGCCUGCAGGAGUGGAGCUGCACAGGACGUCCCAGAGCCCAGAGCGGGGAGAGGCAUCCGGUGACAUGGGAUGGCAGCAGAGGAAGCCAUCUCAGAAGGAAAAACCCAAGACCGGUGGUCACCUGCAGGCAAGAGAGGGGCCCAUCAUCUGUGGGGAUUGUGGGAAAAGCUUUGGGAAGAGCUCAGAGUUGGUCAAACACCAGCGCACGCACACAGGCGAGAGGCCCUACCAGUGCCCUGACUGUGGGAGGAGCUUUGCCAUCCGCUCCAACCUCCUCCGCCAUCAGCGCAUCCACACCGGCACCAGGCCUUACCCAUGUGCCGAGUGCGGGAAGAGUUUCCGCCACAAGGAGCACCUGACCCGCCACGGCCGUGUCCAUGCUGGGUUGAAACCCUACGUCUGCGCUCACUGCGGGGCAGCCUACAGCAGCCGCACCAACUUGCUGCGGCACCAGAGCUGCCACAUGGGGGAGCUGCCAUACAAGUGCACGGAGUGCGGCCGGCACUUCGGGGAGAUCACCGCCCUGGUGGCGCAUCUGGUGGUGCACUCCGGGGAGCGGGCCCACAAGUGCCCCGAGUGCGGGAAGAACUUCCGGCGCGGCUCGUCGCUGACGGAGCACCGGCGGGUGCACACCGGGGAGAAGCCCCACGUCUGCUCCCAGUGCGGGAAGGGGUUCAUGCGGCGCUCCAUCCUCAAUGGGCACUGGCGCACCCACACCGGUGAGCGGCCCAAUGCCUGCAGGGAGUGCGGCAAAGGGUUCACCCAGCGGUCGUCCCUGCUGCAACACCAGCGCACCCACCGGGGCGAAAGACCCUACCCGUGUCCCCAGUGUGGGAAGAGCUUCAGCCAGAGAUCGGCGCUGACCACCCACCGGCGGCUGCACACCGGGGAGCGGCCCUUCCACUGCGCCCAGUGCGGGAAGAGCUUCAACCAGAGCUCGGCGCUGAUCCAGCACCACCGCACCCACACCGGCGAGACCCCCCAUCGCUGUGGGGACUGUGGGAAGGGCUUCGGGGACCGCUCGGCCCUCAAGCGGCACCGGCGCACCCACACGGGCGAGCGGCCCUACUGCUGCACCCAGUGCAGCAAGAGCUUCAAGCAGAGCUCGGCGCUGACGCAGCACGUUCGCAUCCACACCGGGGAGCGGCCCUAUGUCUGCCCCCUCUGUGGGAGGGGAUUCUCUCAGGGCUCAGCUCUGGCGCAGCACCAGAGGACUCAUGCCAAGGAGAGGGGCCUGUCGGAUAUUCCCACUGCCAGCCGCCUGUACAGGGAUCCCUUCAUCCGGCCAGGGGAUGUGGAGGAGGGGCAGCAGGACUGCCCCUGGGGACAUGGUGCACCCAGCCAGGCUGAAAGAGAAGCUGCAGUGAUAGAAUCAUAGAUAUGUAGGACUCAAAGAGACCUCAAGAGGUCAUCAAUUCCAGGCUCCUGCGCUGAGAUAGGGCCAGGUAACCCUAUUCCUGGCAGGUGUUUGUCCCACCUGUUCUUAAAAACCUCCAGUGAUGAGGAUUCCACAACCUCUCUCGGGAGCCUAUUGCAGAGUUUAACUACCCUUAAAAUUAGAAAGUUUUCCCUAAUAUCUAACCUAAAUCUCCCUUGCUGCAGAUCAAGCCCAUUACUCUUUGUCCUUCCUUCAGUGGACAGGGAGAACAAAUGAUCUUCAUCCUCUUUAUAACAACCCUUAACAUAUUUAAAGACUGUUAUCAGGUCCCCUCUCAGUCUUCUUUUCUCUAGACUUAACAUGCCCAGUUUCUUAAGAGUUCUUCUAGGUUAGGUUUCUGAAACCUUGUAUCAUUUUUGUUGCUGUUCUCUAAACUCUCUAGAAUUUAUUGACAUCUUUCUGUGGUGUCCAGGAUUUGACACGGUUCUCCAGCUAAGGCCUCACUAGUGCCGAAUGGAACAGGACAAUUAUCUCCUGAGUCUUAUGUAAGUCACUCCUGUGAAUCCACCCCAGAAUGAUACUAACCAUUUUUGGUUAUCUUAAUUGGUUAGCACUCAUCUUUAUUGAAUUUUAUUGAUGCAGGUGGGCAGGGUGAAGGGCUAGAGGCUGCAUUUGGGCAUCAUGGGGAACAGGAGGACACAUUUUGAGUCAUUUCUACCAGGAAACCCGUCCUUGCUGGGGGCAUGUCCCCCUCCCAUACCCCUCUCCCACAAAGGAUCAUUAACCCUCACAGGCUCAGCCUGUCCCCUAAGGUCUGUGCCCAUCCCAUGGGGGCCCCGUCCCUUCACUCUCUUGGAUCUCCCCAGAUCUAGUCAUCCUUCUCUGCUCCUUCCUCUCUCCUGGGGCCAAGGCCGGCGGUUCGCAGACUGAUCCAAAGUCCAUUGAAGUCAGUGGGAAGAUUCCCAUGGGCUUUAGGUCAGCUCAUUAAUUUCUCUGAGUCAUAAUUCAGAUUAUGAGCUCUUUGGGGCAGGGACUGUCUCUCACUGUGUGUCUGUGCAUCGCCCGGCGCAAUUCAUUUAUUUAUAGAUUCAUUGAUUCCAGUGCCAGAAAGGACCACUGUGAUCAUCUAGUCUGGCCUCCCAUGUAACACAGGCCAGAGAACUUAUUCGAAAUAAUUCCUGGAGCAGAGCUUUUAGAAAAACAUACAAUCUUGAUUUUAAAAUUGCCAGUGAUGGAGAAUCCACCAUGACCCUUGGUAAAUUGUUCCAGUGGUUAAUUCCUCUCACUCUUAAAAAUUUAUGCCUUAUUUCCAGUUUCAACUUCCAGCCAUUGGCUCUUGUUAUACCUUUAUCUGCCAGACUGAAGAGCCCAUUAUCAAAUUUCUGUUUCCCAAGUAGGUUCUUAUGGAGUGUAAUAAUGCCUUCCCUUAAGCUUCUCUUUGUUAAGCUAAAUAGAUUGAACUCCUUGCAUUUGUCACUGUAAGGCAGGUUUUCUAAUCCUUUAAUCAUUCUUGUGGCUCUUCUCUGACUCCUUUCCAAUUUAUCCAUACCCUUCUUGAAUUGCGGGCACCAAAACUGGACACAGGAUUUCAGCAACGGCUGCACCAGUGCCAAAUACAGAGGUAAAAUAACCUCUCUGCUCCUUCUUGAGAUUCCCGUUUAUGCAUCUCAGGAUUGCAUUAGCCCUUUUGGUCACAACAUCACACUAGGAGCUCAUGCUCAGCUGAUUAUGCAUGACAGCCCUCAAAACUUUUUCAUUCAUUGCUUCCUAGGAGAGAGUCCCCAAUCCAGUAAGUUUCCUGAGGUGGAGGCCAUCCAAACUAUACAGCCCCUCUUGCCCACCGAAGAUGGGCCAAUGUUCUACAAAACCAAAACUCUACAUCCUACACCACCUACCUAGCCAGGGGGUCACUUCCAGAAUCUUUUGCCUUCCUUUGCUCCAGGGUCAGGAAGGAUCUCAGAGAAGAUCACUUAGGCCAGUGAUUUUCAACCUAUGGUCCGCAGACCCAUUGGGGUUUGUAGACUAUGGCUAAGGUGACUAUGAAAAUAAAGUUUCAGAUCCCAGAAAACGCAUUCCAUUGUUAUGAUCAAUCAAAAGUAUGUGAAUACUAUAGAUCGAAACCCAGAAUUGUUGUUACCGUAGAGGUGCCCAGUUUAGCUCCCUUUCUUAUGCCGUGUCAAAUGCCAUGUUGAGCCCAUGCAACAUUUAUAAUUGAAUUCUGUUCAGUCCAUUUUCAGUCCAUGGACUACAGGUUGCAUUUGCAAAGGGGCCUGCAUCUCCAUUCGAGAUUUUUUAGGGGUCUGCAAAUGAAAAAAAGGUUGAAAACCACUGACUUAGGCAUUCUCCUUCUUCAGCACACUUCUCGUGUUCCGUGAUGUCAUCUACUCUCUGCAAGAUAUCCCAUGAGAUAUCUGCAAAAUAUCCCACAGCACAGUGGGGACCUCAAGCUCAGUUGGGAGUGUGUGCAGUGCCUGGCACAAUGGGAGCUCAGAUCUCAGUCGGGGUCUGUGAAGCAUCUGGCACAAUGGGGCCCUAAUUUCAGUUAGGACCAGUAAGCUCUAGUGCAAUACACUCAGUAAUAAAUUUGGAGAUCUCUCCACUAGAAAUCAGACCAAGAUUCAUUCUAUCUUUUAGUUUGCUUUGGUUCCGGUGGUUUCAUAUUUCCCAUGGAUGCCCACUCCUCCUCAUAUAGUUAUCCAUCUGAUCCAUCCAUCCAUUUGUUCCCACCCACCUAUCCAACCAAUUUAUAUUAGACCCAUCCCCAUACAUACUGUCUAAGACCCUCCUAACUGGUUAGGUGUAAUUUCUUGACACUCUAGUUGGUACGAUUUUGUGCAUUCAAAUUUUAGUCUCACCACUAAUUUAAGAGAAAUCCUGUGUGUACAGAGCACAUCAGCAAAGAUUUUUUGAUUUGUGCAUAACUUUUCUAGAAAAUUCAGUAAACAAGAUGUCAAUUUAAAAAGAAAAAUCAGCUUCCUGGGUUGUUUUGCUUGUAUUUUUGUCCUCAGAUUGUUCCAGAUUGUCUUGAUUUUGUAUCCAACUACCUUGAAAUUUGUCCAGGUUCUGGGAGAGCCUCCCAGUAGGAGUAGUGGGGGCAAACAACCUGACUAGCUUGAAGAUGGAGCUUGAUACAUUUAUGAAUGGAAUUACUUGACAAGGUUGUCUAUAGUAGGAAAGGACUGGACUCAGUGACCCAGGAGGUCAUUUCCUCUCCUAGGUUCCUAUGAGCGGGAAGAAAUAAAAAUAUAGGCCUCUGUGAUAAAUCUGAGCGUGGUCUUUAAUAAUUACUUAUGUGCUAUCUGGAGCUGUCACUAGAGCUAUACGUCCAUACCAUAUAAUGAAGUAGAUAUUUCACGCUAAGGGUGUGAAGGAGGGAGGAAACUUUUUCUACUAGUUGCCUAACAGCUUAAAAUUUAUAGAUUCUAGUCUGACCUGUAUAGCACAGGCCAUUAAUGCCACCUAGUUGUCCCUGUAACAAUGUGUUGGAUUGAAGCAUCUUCCAGAAAGGCAUCUCAUCUAGAUUUGAAGAGAUGGAGAAUGCGCCAGUCCCAUUGGGAGUUUAUUAACCUUUGCUUCACUCAUUCCCAGUGGCUAUAGCUAGAGUUGAGGGUGCAGAGUUAAGGUUGCAUUGGGGGUGUGUGUGAUGUGUAUGUUCCUUAACUCUAUAUCCAGAUUUUCAGUGGGUUAAGUUUAGCCACUCUCAACAUUCUGGAAAGGCCUAAGACACCAGUGAGGUACCUAAAUUCUGCCCUAUCAAAAUUUUUCAUUUAGCUGAAGAGCAGCUAGUCUUUAUGAAGGCCAGGAAGAGCUCAGCUGGGUUAGAGAGCUGGAGCAAGGCUUCUGUGGUAGAGGAAAGAACUGAGUUAUUAGGCAACUCCCAGUGUCCAUCACAGCCCUGCAGCCAAUACAGAACUGCUUUCCAUUCCCUCCCCAAACUCCUCCCACAUAUUCUUUGCAACCUCCCGGAACGUCUCCAUACCCCAUUCACUCCACCCCUUCAGACAGCUUCCAAAAUGGUAGCUGGACUUACACACAGCUAUGAGACCCUACACUGCCCUGCACUCUUAUCUUCCUUCUCACCAAGCUUUUUGUGUGUUGUUAAUUGGUAUUUAAUAAAAACAG